CUUUACCAGGCAUGCCGUUUCUUCGCGCAAGCCAUUCUUUUAAGCUAUUCCCUUACUAUUCCACUACCUUAUAUUGUACCUUUGCUAAUUUUGAGCCUUCCAUAUACCCCUUCAAAGCUAGCUCCAAUGUCUGAAGCAAACUAUCGGAGACCAACCCCGAAACCUCUGCGACAGGAGAAGGUAUCGGUCCUCAAGCAAGCGCUCGUUGAUGAGCUCCUGAAAUCGAGCACACUAUCCCUGCAAGUAGAACGGCGCGAUUCUACUAUCGCAAAACAACAAACAAAGAUCGAACAGGGGGAGCAACGGGUCCGGGAGUUGGAGCAGCUUCUAGCGGCAGCCGCUCAGCAAAUCGAAAGUAGCGACGAAAAAAACACAAAAACUCAGCUCAAGCAGUGUGAAACCGAAAUAUCCAAGCUCAAAGCUACGCAGCAGAAGUAUUUUGAUGCGCUCGGGGAGAAGGACGUGAUCAUCCAACAGCAAGCCAAGCAAAUAUCGCAUUUCGACGAGGCAGCGCAGCAGUUCCAGCGGACAUAUAACCAGCUCAAAGAGCGCAACGUUGCGUUGGCAGCAAAGAUUAUUGAGCUUUCCAAGAGGAAGAGGGAGCAGGUCAUCGUAGUUGAUGAUGUGGUCAACGAGAUAUUCGAAGCUCCGCGAGAGUUUGAUCAGAGACAGAAGGCGUUGGAGACGCAGCAAUUACAGCGUGAUGAGGCGGUGGCCAGACUCGAGCAACAAAUAGCAGAGUUAAAAGCCAGAAAUGGCGAACUAACCGAAAUAGUCUCAGAGUAUAAGGACAAGUUUGCGGCACAACCGGAGCUCCAGAUCCCACCUGUGGAGGAUGAUGAGGCCCAGUCUGAACCAGAGGUGGUGCUUCUUGAUACUGAAGAUGAGGGGAUGGAAACUGAACCGGCCGAUAAGCCACGUACCGAAACAACCCGGGACAUGGUGGCAGAGAAAUCUGACUUCCGGCUCAGACUCCAAGAAGACUCCACAGGUCAAGAAGACAGCCCGUUGAGUGACGACGAUACAGACGAUAUUAUGGAGAUCCCUGACCCUCAUUUACACUACGAUGAAGCCCCGGCGUCCAACUUUGGGCUGUUGGCGAAAUCGCUACCAAAAGCUGACGUUGAGCACUUGAGCUUACUGGUUGUGCACUUGCAACUAACACCAACUCCCACCAUGACCAAAGGAUCGCCCAUCCCGCUCGAGAGAAUGCAUAACGGGAUCGUUAUUCUCCCUGAUAAUAACCACGGAAACCCUUCUCUCACCACACAUGACCCGGUAGCGAGGUACCAUUUACCAAGAAUUCUCUGCACCGCGGCCGGGGUCAAGCUAAUCCCAGGAGAACGGUUCUCCUCGGUGGCCGCAGUUGAAAGCUUUGCAUUCUGGCAUUUUACCGCAAAAAGAAAUAUCCCCUUGAGCGUAGUGAAAGGCCCUACUGUCCGAAAUUCCAAGGCUACAUCUGCCUUCACUUUAGGCUGCGCCUAUUGUCACACAGAGUUGGCUAUUACUCGAAAAAUAGUGAAGUGAAGAACGUGCAUGCAUGUAUUCCAGAUAAUGAAAAGACCCGAGAAGUUGAACAGUUACCGAAAAGACAAAAGAUUUCCGACAGAGUUGUUGCACGCACGGGACACGAUAUCGAAGUUACUUUUAACGACG